AUUUUUCUCUGUGGGUGUGAUACGUUCUUGCGAUGAGCUCUCAAACGGUCUCUUAAUCUGAUCAAACAACGAACCAAUUGAUACAAGCAAGAUGAUAUGUUUCACGAAUUCUCCAGCUAUAUCUAAUUGUUUGCUUUAGAAGAAAUCGUCCAGCAGGAUUUAAACAAGAAAUAAGCUACACUACUAGUUUCUUGCUUCGGAUUCCUGUUGGGUUCGACCUGUUGUACUAGCUGAAGUCCUGAACGGGAUUUGCGGUCUGUCAAUGAGGAACUACAGGCUCAUCUUCUGUCACAACCUGAAGCAGCCAUAGAUGCAUUUAGCAGUCACUGCGCGGGAGGAGGACAGGAGAUAAACUGAACUUCUGGGUAUUUCAAGUGCCAAACGACGAGUGCGGUGUAGUGGCGGAGGGAGUGAUGAGGAAGAGCCUCUCGCCCCCUGGCAUCUCCCUGGGUGAGGGCGAGGGCCGAGUCUUCGGGGUCCCCCUGGAGGAGCUGCAGACCAGCGGCCAGCCUGGACAACAGGUGCCCCUGCUCGUCAGACACAUCGUUGAGUACAUCGAGGAGCACGGGGGACUGGACAUGGAGGGCGUGUUCCUAGUGAACGGGAAUGCGGAGCGCGUUGAUUGGCUCCGGCAGCGCUAUGACAGCGGCGAACACGUGGACCUGCAGAAGGAGGCGGACCUAGCCUCGGCCGUCAGCCUGCUCCGCCUCUUCCUGCAGGAGAUGCCCCAACCCGUCAUCCCCGUCAACCUGCAGACACACAUCCUGCAGAUAUAUCAAGAGUACACCAGUGAGGAGGAGCUGGCGCGGAACCUGAAGUACUGGCUGCAGCAGCUGCCGCAGCUCAACUACAGCCUGCUGCGCUUCCUGUGCCGUUUCCUGUCCGGCGUGGCCGCCCUGCAGGAGGAGAGCUGGAGCCUGGGCACACUCGCCGCCGUCUUCGGACCGGACAUCUUCCAGUACGACAUCACUUCCUCUCUACCCGCCAUCCAUUCGGGCACAGAGGUGGAGGAGCUGAAGGAGCAAGAGUCAGUGUGCCGUGUUCUGGCCGAGCUGCUGGAGAAUCAGGAGGAGCUGUUCGACUCCGACGAGGAGGAUGACGUGUCCACAACCAACGACUACAGCUCCGUCAACGAGCAGAUCACCGAGCUUCUGGAGGACGAGCGUGUGGAGGGGUGUGAGGAUCUCCCUCGAGAUGGAGAGGAUGCCCCCCCAACGCGCCCUCCUGACAGCCCCCCGGACCCUGACAGCGGCCCCUCCAGUUCCCACAUCUCCUCCAUCAGUAUUCUACCCGGAUCAGCAGAUAUCAUACAGAGGACAAUACGAGCUGCAGUGGAGCAGCACUUCCUGGAGCUGAAGAGUUAUGAGAACUCAACUUGCCAGACACCACAAAGUCUCUGUGAGUGUGUGAGUGAUCCUGAGGUAAAAGAUGAAGAAGUGGAACAGUCUGAAGGAGAUGAUCCAUCUUCUUCCAACAUGCUGGAACCACCCAGCACUGAGGACAAUCAAGACCAGGCCUCAGAGGACUGCACGUCCCCCAGUGGGGGUCUGGAAGAAGGUUCUGGAAUGGAGCUGGACUCUGAGAGUCUGGUCGACACUGAGAACAACAUCAACACGGCCAGGCAAGACAGUUAUCAGUCCUGUGAGCAGAUGGAGCACACAGACCUCAUCAGCUGUGAUGAUGAGCUGAACGCCAACACGGAGCAAGACCGAGAGAACCUUCAGCCCAGCCGCAUCUUCUCCGACGGAGAGUGGGAAGCCCGUCGUCCCGCCCCCCUCAUAGAUUUCUCAUGUAUGCACCUGCACCCAGAAGGGCAUGACCCUGUGCCGGCCUGUAAGGUGUGGCAGCAGGAGGACGGUGAGUGUGGGGAAGCGCAGCUCUCCCCAUUGGCCAGUCGCAUGUUGCCCCUCCCUCUGGAGGAGGAUGCCCCGCCCCUUCUGGCUCGCCGCUUCCUGGAUUUUGGCCACGGCCAGCGAUUCUUCCAGCAGGACCCGGAGAACACGUCACCCACCAAAGCACUUUCAGCUGGGAGGCAGCGCCGUGCCUCUCUGAGUUCCAAAGAGAGUGUGAAGGGAGAUGCAGUGUCCCAACAGCUCACCAAGAAACUGCAGAACCUCAAGAAGAAGAUCCGCCAGUUUGAGGAGCAGUUUGAGAAGGAGAAGAACUACAAGCCAUCUCAUGGUGAUAAGGCAGCUAACCCAAAGGUCCUGAAGUGGAUGACUGACCUCACUAAAAUCCGCAAGCAGAUCAAAGGACGUCAGCUGCUCAGGCACCAGGCCCUGCUGCAGUCCCACAGGCGCCACCACGCGUCUGGACCCUCCGCCGCCACGGCCAGCUCCUCCUCCUCCUCCUCCUCCUCCUCUUCCUCCUCCUCCCCGAACACACACCACCACCACCACCACCACCACCUGCUACACCCCCCCUCACACACCCACUCCGCCCAUAGGCAGGGCCCCCACUUCCAUGCGAGGCAGCGCGUGGAGUCCGAGCAGGUGCCCCA